AAUAUCUAUCUAUAGAUAAAUAACACGCAUACGGUUUUAUUCCUUGAAACGAGAUCAGUUUUUUUGCUACAAAACUAUAUAAACUCCAACGUCCCAUCCAAAUGGUCAAGUGAUGGCGAUGGAACACUACAAAAUUGUUUUGGUUGGCACUCUGAUGAUGGCAUCAGUAUUCGUAACAGAUGCCGUAAAGUGCUACACAUGCAAGGGUACGCCAGAUAGCGAUUGCGCCAAGGGUGUUCCCGAAAAGAUGGAAGUUGAGCAAUGCGACGGUCUUUCGGUAUGCCAUUACACCGACAUGCGAGAAGAUCACGAAAGAAGCGUUUCAAGGGGAUGCACUAAGACUGAUUUCAACGAUCUCUGCAAUACGUUACGGCAAGUAUACGCCGUGUUUCAAACGGCUCACGAGAUUUUUGAGUGCACAACGUGUAAGGACGAGAAGUGUAAUGUACAAGUUACUCCAUAAUCUGAAAGUGAAUUUAAUUAAAUAAACGAUUUGA